AUGGGGCGAAUGCUACGCCGCCAGGUGUCGACGCCCGUCCUACCGACGCAGAUUCGUGCCGGUGCCCCGGUGCCCGCCGGAGUUAGCGACCGAUCGACCGUUCAGCAAGAGCCCUGGAAGCGCGAGAUUAACGAUCUGUGGGCGAAGCAGCUGGCCAUGAUGCGCGAAAUCAACACCCUCAAGAAUGAGCUCGGCAGACGCGAAGCCGCGCGCCAGAGGGAAAUCCUGGGCCUGCGCCAAGAGAUCGACGGUCUGCGAGGGGAAGUGUUUAGGAUACGCCAGAUGAAGGGCUUACAGCCCGCCAGCUCGGAGAACUUGCUGCCCACCAACGCUCCGAAAGCUCCAGAGGCAGACCCGACGACGUUGCCAGCUGCGGCCACCCCCGCAAAGGCUGCCGCGGUUCCCUCGGAAGAUGCGGCCACUACCCCACAACCGAAGGUGGCUCCUGGCGAUGCGCCCGCGCAAGCUUCCGUCCUGCUCCCGCCACCCGCUUCGCCCACGCGGCACAGCCCCAAAGCGGCUGCCACUGUAAGCAUUACGGCACCAUGA